UUGGAGUGAGUGACAGAGAGAAAGAUACUUAUAUAUAACUAGAUUAAAUAAGAACACUUCUUUGAAGAUUCAAAGGGUACUGUUCCCAGAAUUUCAUCGCCACUUAGAUUGUCUUAAAUAUUAGAUGGAUUAGAAUAUACAGAAGUGAUAAAGACUUGUGUUUUGAUUUCUUCAACUAUUUCUUAACCAACAAUUCCACCAACCCCACUUUUGUUUUUAAACCUAUUCUCUUCAGAGAAUUUCUUUUCGACAGAGAAACUGAUUAGUUGGUAACCGAAUUUGAAUUUUUAUCUUGAGGUUUUUUUUUUUCACUUUUGGCAUACAAUGGUGGACUUGUUGAAUUUCUAAAUGCAAAGCCCCUGACUUUCCCAUUCCUUCCUUCUUCAUUCUCUCCUCUUUCCCCAGCAGAGAGAGGUUUUAAAGAAAAACCAUUUUCACAUAAAGAUUGGUUUUUUGAGGAAUUGAUGAACUAAGAAAAAAAGGGUCUCUGUUUCUUCCUCUUAUUCUUCUUCUGUCAGAGAGAUUAUGGAAUCAGUUGAAUUAAACAAAUACCAUCAUCAUCAAGGUAAUUAUGGGUUUUAGAUGUAUUUAAUUCUGGAUUUCUGCACAAAUUCCAAGAUCAGAAACAUAUCUGUUUGAGUUUCUUAAUCGUGGGUUGAAAGAUCAGAUAAUUUCCAGGGGGGGGGUUUGUUUCAUCAAGGUAUUUCUCAUUCAUUUCCCAGUUUAUUAAAAUUGCUAACAUAUUUUCAAUUGUUAGUGAUAUACUUUUUUUUUCUGAUUUGAAGUUUCAUUUAAAGCUCAAUCAGUUUCCAAUUUAGCUGUUAUCAGAUCUAAAUCCUCAUAAUAAAUUCAUCAAAAAAGAAAACCAAAUCCAAACCCCCUUUGUUUCAUAUAAAGUAAGUACCUUUGCCCAUCAAUAAUAACAGUUAAAGACUGUGUCAGUCAGCCAUCUGAGUUUGUCUGUCUUUCCUAAAUUCAUCUCUAUUAGGCUUUAUAAUCCUCCCCUAUCAUUUUUUUUUCCCAAUCAAAUUCUGAAAAAAUGGGUUGUGCAAGUUCAAGUACGAAGAAAUCUUCGUCGCGAUGCCAACACUGUCAAAAUCCUCUUUCUCGUAGUCAUUCAAUGCCAAUUCACCAUCCGGCUCAACGUAAAGGUGAUAGCUAUCAUCUUGUAGCUCUUACCUCUACUACAUUGGGUUCUCUUAAACUCGAUUCUAUUGAUCAUCAUCAUUUAGAUGGUAUUACAUUUAGUGGAAGCUAUCAAGAUGAGUAUGACAACAGGAACUAUGAGAAUGGUGAGGGCAAGAUUAAUGAGUUCUCCACGGAGGUAAUUCAGGCGAAGACUUGGUCUAAUAUGAUAGAAGAGAAGAUACCUAAAGCUAUUUCAAGAACACCGAUCAGAACACCUCCUGGUGAACCUGAAACUAUCAAUUCUUGGGAGUUAAUGGAAGGUUUAGAAGAUGAACAUAGUCCACUUCGUCUUCCUCCGAAUCUUCUGAAUAGGUGUGUGUCUUAUCAUGGGUCCACAAAUUACAGUUCUAAGAUGGUGGAUCAAGAGGAACAACAUUUACAAAAACCACAAGAAGUAUAUGAACCCACCACACCAUCACUACAAGAAAAUGAGUCUGCCUCACCGAAACCAAUAUGGCUAGAGCAUGAAGAUAUUGAUGCAAACUCAAAUUCUAAGAUAGUCGCUGAAGAUUUUGAUCCAGAAAUGAUCUCUACAUUAAGAAAUGCACUGGAAGAACUAUCUCCGAAUAAUACAGUGAUUAAUCCAAAGACACCUCCGGAAAAUGAGAAAGUGGCCAACUCUUUGUUCUCAAAAAAGGUAAGCAAUGCAGUUGCACCAGCAAAAUGCCCACCAGAUGGUGAGAAUAAGGUGGUGAUAUACUUCACAAGUCUUCGAGGGGUAAGAAAAACGUACGAGGACUGCUGCAAUGUAAGAGUCAUACUGAAAGGAUUUGGAUAUCGACUUGACGAGAGAGACGUAUCGAUGCAUAGUGGUUUCAGAGAUGAAUUGAAAGAACUAUUGGGAAGUGAAUACAGAGGUGUGUUACCUAGAGUUUUCGUAAAAGGAGACUACAUUGGCGGAAAUGAGGAAGUAAAACAAUUACAUGAAGACGGAGAAUUGGAGAAGUUACUACGAGGUUGUGAUAUUGAUGAUGGAGUCUGUGAAGCUUGUGGAGAUGUAAGGUUUGUACCAUGUGAAAGAUGUUCAGGUAGUUGUAAGAUCUAUUAUGAAGAAGAAUGCGCCACUGACUAUGAUGAUGAAUUUGAAAGCGAAGACAGAGAAGAAUGUGAAGAAGAUGGUGGUGGAUUUCAAAGAUGUCCUGAUUGUAAUGAAAAUGGAAUUGUCAGAUGUCCUGUAUGUUGUUACUAGCAAAGGGAAGAGAAGCUGCUCAGCUAUGUGGUUUUGGUUUUUCAAGUGAUUUUUCUUAUUAAUUGUUGUAUAGUUGAAGAUCUUUCAGAUGAACAUAGGAAGUGAUUUGAGUGAGAUUGAUUCAGGAAAAAGGACUAAUAAGUUUGUUUGUUUGUUUUUUUAUUUUUAAAUAUCCCAAUUUCUGGGUAAUAAGCAGUAUAUACGUUUCAUUUCUCUCUAUUUUCUUGAGAGAAAUGUUGAAUUACUCAUUCAUGAAUAUGUAAUUUGUAAUUGUUCAGUGGAAAUGAGACUUGUUUCUUGUUUAUAUGAUA